GGGUUUUGGGGUCUCAGACCUAUUGAAUGAUAAAAAUAGAUGACGUCGCGUUUGUGAGCCAGCAGGAAACGCCUUCUCACAGCAAGCCGCAGAGCAUGCCGGGAAUUGUAUUUCACACAGGAGUCCCUUCGACACACUGGGCAGCAGAGAGAACUACAUGUCCCAGAGGGACAGAGACACAUCUUUAAGGACUGACGUUUUCCUCCAGCGGGAUGAGCUCAGCGUCGGGGUCUCCCCUCUCCCGUGAGCAGACAGAAGGAAGGGAAAUAAAUAAUCAGAAUAAAAUCCAGACUUACUGCUGAUGGCCGUGUGUAGACCAAGCGGGAGCUGGACAUCAUGGCUGUGUUGUGUUCUGUGUUAGGGAUGUGUUAGAUGAGGCAGCUUGUGAUGGAGCAGGACGGGUUACACAGCGCACAGCUGAUCCCGGGUCUCCGGGCCGAGCUCCAGCGUCUGUCCCGGGAACUGAGCGAGACGAGCCGGGAUAAGGUCCGGGCUGCAGAGUACGGGUUGGUGGUGCUGGAGGAGAAACAACAGCUCCAACAGCGCUAUGAUGAGCUGGAGAGUGAACAUGAAGCCCUGAGACACGAACUGGAUCAACUGAAAGAGGCGUACGGUCAGGCCCACUCGGCCCAGAGGAAGGUUGCAGAGGAUGGAGAGAGUCGUGAGGAGUCCCUCAUGCAGGAGUCGGCAUGUAAGGAGGCGUAUUACGAGCAGAGGGUACAGGAGCUGCAGGCCGAGCUGAGGCAGGUCAGAACUACACUCACCAGCACGCAGAGUGAGAACGAGCGCCUGAGCAGCCUCACGCUGGAGAUAAGGGAGAGUGCCGAGCUGUUGGAGCUGCAGCGAACACGUCUGCGUGAUGACAUCAGAGAGUAUAAAGUCAGAGAGUCUCGGCUGCUGCAGGACUACAGCGAGCUGGAGGACGAGAACAUCAGCCUGCAGAAACAAGUGUCCACGCUCAAGCAGGGCCAGGUGGAGUUUGAAGGUCUAAAGCACGAGAUCAGGAGGCUUGAAGAAGAGGCGCAGUAUCUGAACAGCCAGCUGGAGGAAGCUGUGCGACUGCGUGAGAUUGGAGAGCGUCAGCUGAGCGAGGCUCUGGAGACGGUGAAGAGCGAGCGUGAGCAGAAGGCGGCGCUGCGCAAAGAGCUCACACAUCACAUGACCCUGGGAGACUCUCUCCUCGCCAGCUCGCUUGAUGGAUUCACGCUUAGCGACUCGAACGAGCCCGACAACGACGAGGCCAUGCGCGCCUUUGAGAAUGGGCUCGCGAAGAUGGCCGACAUGAGCGAUGACGAGAACGUUUCGUCCAUGCCGAAGAAGAGCCUGGUGGACGACCUGCUGAGCGAACUGAACAUCUGCGAGAUCCAGAAGCUCAAACAGCAGCUGCACCAAGUGGAGCGAGAGAAGGUGGCGCUCGUCUCCUCCCUCCAGGAGUCUCAGAAGCAUUUAGCACAGACACGCGGAGCGCUAGCACGCCUGAGCGAAGACUUUGGAGCCACGCGACGUGUCCAGGUUGCAAAGGACAAAGAGAAGGAGAAGGUAAGCGGCGAGGAUGGAGACGUGGACUAUUACGAACUGGACAUUCACGGCCCAGAGAUCCUGCGCUGCAAAUACGAGGCUUCGGUGGCUGAGGCUGGAGAGCUGAGGGAGGAGCUUAAGUUGCUAAAGGCGGAGCUUGAGGAGGUCAGGGUGGGGCAUGAGGAGGUUCGGGCACGACUGGAGAGCCAGGUGCGUGAUCUCUCGUCUCAAGUGUGCUCGCUGGAGAGCGACGGCCGUGCGGAGCGCGCACAGUUGGCACGGCUGCAGAGGGAGCUGGACGAGGUGAACACGGCUGCGAGUGAGACCCGGAGGACGCUCGGAGUGGCUCAGGAUGAACUCGGGUCAUUCAGCGAGGAGCUGGCGAAUCUUUACCAUCACGUCUGUGUGUGCAACAACGAGACGCCAAGCCGCGUCACGCUCGACUUCUACAGAGAGGGAAAAGACGGCAAAGAGGAAAAGGACGGGAAAGAGGAGAAAACUGAAAACGCAAGCUUGAACAAAACCGCCGCUAGACCUGCCUCGGCUUCAGCAGGAGACUCGAGGAAAGAGCCGAUGGACGUGUGUGUCCUGGCCGAGAUGAUUCGGGAGCAGAUGCGCCACCUUCAGCAGGCCGUGGAGCGAGGCACACAGCUGGCGAGACAGAGACUGGCACCGCUGGAGCUCGCUGCGGUGCCUGAUAAAGAGCAGGUAGCCUGCAUAGAGGAGAUCCUCAAACUCAGAUCGCUGCUGAGCACCAAACGGGAGCAGAUCGCGACCCUCAGGGCCGUGCUCAAGGCCAACAAACAGACAGCUGAGGUCGCUCUCGCUAACCUGAAGAGUAAGUACGAGAACGAGAAGACCAUAGUGACGGAGACCAUGAUGAAGCUCAGGAACGAGCUGAAGGCUCUGAAAGAGGACGCGGCCACCUUCUCCUCCCUCAGAGUGAUGUUCGCCACCAGAUGUGAUGAGUAUGUGACUCAGCUGGAUGACAUGCAGAGGCAGCUGGCAGCAGCUGAGGAUGAGAAGAAGACUCUGAACUCGUUGUUACGCAUGGCCAUCCAGCAGAAGCUGGCACUCACACAGCGCCUUGAGGACCUCGAGUUCCACAACGAGCAGGAACGAAGAGGAAGUGCGGCCGCCACCUCGGCCCGUGCCAAAGGGCCCUUCUCUAAGGGCAAGAACCUGCACGUAAGUCCCACUCUGUCCUGUAGAGGUCGUCCUCUGCCCCAUGGAAUCGUGGGUAGUCCUGUGAUGUUCUGCACCUGAACCUCUUCACUGCUACCCCUGCUCUCAUCCCUGACACCAACUAACCUCCAUCUUCAUCAUCAUGCUUCAUGCUUCAUCACCCCACUGUCUUUAGGCCUCAGACUAACACUAACACUGCUGUGCCUCGCUGAGUGUCUCGCGUUGUGAGGAGCUUCAUGUGUUUUAUUAUCAGCACCACAGCAUCCCUGCAUCCGCAUCUCUAAUAAGGUUUAUUGCUGAUCUCAGGCCAGUGCCUGGGUUUUUAUGUGUGUGUGUGUGUGUAUAUAUAUAUAUAUAUAUAUAUAUGUAUCUGAUUAUAGUGUGUGGGUGUGGCCUUUAGGGGCGUGGCUUUGGAGGGACUGCUGCACAAGAUAAAUGUUGUGAAUUAAAACAGCAAGAUUUCAGCUAACUUGUGCCUAAGCUAACCUGUGUGCAUGCUGUCAACCAAAUGUCCUCCGUGUGUGUGUGUUCCUUGUGAAUGGUUGUUAAUAAUAUAAUAUAAUAUAACUAAGUGUUUCUGUUUUGUGUUGUUGUUUAUAUGAUUAUUUUAAUGCUAAUGUAUUUUUAAUAUGUUUCACAGUAAUUGUAGUUGCCAAGAAGAAUUUCCCUCAAAGUGGCUUAACCCCUGACUGCAGACGUCCCACCUUAUAAACACACACACACACACACACACACACACACACACACUACGCCUGACACUCGACUGUAAUCUGAUCAUCCAUACAUGUGGCUCAUUCAGUCCACUUGUGUCCUUCGUGUCCUAUGAUGCCUUAUUCUACAGUUUAAAGUCAAAUAAAAAUGUGUAAAUACGUGAGGGGUUUCAGGUCGGCAAAAGUCUGCGUGUAACUACGGAGCGUUGAUUUAUGGUUGUUUUGCCUUUUGGUAUUAAUUUAUUAUUUUUAAUAAAUGCAGAAUGUCCUGCAGUAUAAGAGAUAAAACGUUUUUUUUGGUUUAUAUCACACCACAGACAUGAUGAUGAUGGUGACGUUGACAGAAGGAUCAGAAACUCUGUGAACUUUCUCGUAUAAGCAACUUAGAAACAUAGAUAGAAGUGUAUUUUCACCUCCUUUUGUCAGCUACCUCUUUAUCGCUUCUUUAAUUGGAUUUAUUUAACAGAAAUGAUAAUAUAAGACUUUAUUUUCUUUUUAAAUAGGACUAUUUCCUCAGUUUAAGAAGCUAUCCAGGGAAAAGGAACUGAGGAAUUGUGUGGAUGUCUUACAGUUUUAAACAAGUCUGUAGUGUAUCGGUGCUGUACAAAACAAAACAAUACAGUACUCACAAAAGCAUCAACUUUAAAACACAAAACCAAAUCGGAGUGAUUCGAGGCGCCGCUCCUUAUUGUGGCUUGUUUUAAUGAGGUUUCAAAACACUCGUGUUGACUUCCCCUCAUCUCAUUUAUCACUGAUUAAAUCCCUGUGACUAUUAAAAUCAAACCUUCACCUCAUCUUUCACACACACACACACACACACACACACACACACACACACACACACACACACACACACACAA